UCGUGAAGAGUACAAACAACUAAAAUGGUGCUUCUACAUACACCAACCAAAAUUUUAAUUUAAUUUCUAUUAAUCUAUUCAGAUUUCAGAGAGAGAAAAUUAAAAUGAGACUUUAUGAAGUAAAUCCAUCACCUAGACUUAAGACUGGAUAGAGUGGAUCAAAAGCCUUUUUACUACACCAGACAGAAACUGGAAUAGUGUAGCGGCUGGAAAUAGAUAUGCAUACCCUAUAUCUUUGGAAACAUCUACAGAAAACCUUAAUUUUAUCAAACCCAACAAGAACACACGGCCAAUAUCAGAAUACAAUCGUCUUUAGUCUUUAUCUAAUUCUAUUCUCUUCUUCUCCUUCCAACUUUGCCUCUUUAUUUUCUCAAGCCUUGUUUGCACAAACAGCUAGACACAGAUGUACACAUUGUAAAAGGAAACAAAGCCACAACAGAAUAUCAUGCUCUGUUUCAAAUUGCUUCCAUUCCUUCUACCAACUUUGGUUUUCACUUUAUCAGCUUCCUUUUCCCUCUCUGAUGAUGGAGCUUCUGAGCAUCAUGGUAUGAUAUCCUUAUUCCUUAUCCUUCUUCACUUGAAACUGUCAUUUUAAAGGCACAAGUUUAUCUUACUUGAAUGCUCUAUGUUAAAUUUGCUUGUUAAAAUGAUUCUUUUAUAUAUCGAUGGGACUGAUGAGAAUGAUUGCAAAGUGGUUUCCUGGGGUACGAUCACGAAAAGGCAUGUCCUUGAGGCAACGAAUGCUGAACUUGUACAAAGCCCAUCUCUGAUAUUAGCUGCGAAGAGAACACACAGAAGAGACCCUCUUGAUGGUUUUAACUAUUACAGAGGAGGAUGGAAUAUCAGCGAAGAACACUAUUUCUUUUCUGUAGGAUUUACUGCUGCUCCUCUGUUCAUCAGGGCUGCUAUAUGGUUUCUGGGAUUUGUGCUGUGCUUCUUCUCCAUUUUCCUUUGCCAUUGCUGAUUCCAAAACCAUGAUUACGGCUAUUCUCGAGUUGCGUAUUGGGUUUCCCUCGUCUUCAUCCAACUAUUCACCAUUGAUGCAGUCACUGGAUGCCUGGCUCUAUAUAUUGGACAAGGUAAUUUUAACAGAGUCACAAGAGGCACACUAGAUUUUGUUGAGAAGCAAGCAGACUUCAUUGUGGAGAAUCUGAGGGAUGUAUCUGAAAAUCUUGAAGCAGCUAAGCAUGUCGCAGUUGGUUGGACUUUUUUUCCUCCUAAUACAUUGAAAGAAAUUGACAGAGUUGAGAAGAAGGUUAAUGCUUCUGCUAACAAUCUGGAGCAUGAAACAGAGGACAAUUCUAAUAAUAUACAAGAGGUCAUAGAUUCUGUAAGAGUGAUUCUCAUCGUACUUGCAGCUAUAAUGCUUCUCUUGGCUUUUUUUGGUUCUGGUUAAUUCUUUUGACCCUAUAAAUUGCACCAAUUUUUCAGUUCCACUCACAUUGUUCUUUUGCAAGUUGUUUUCUAAUUUCAAAAUAAAAAUAAAAUAAAAAAAUUUUACAUACAUACAUACAUAUAUAUAUAUAUAUAUGAACAAUUCUGUGCUUUUGAAACUGUAAGUAAAUUUUCAGUAAAUGAUGACCAAACAAAUUUAUUUGUCCUUACUAUUUUUUUCGGCAUGAAAUGUCUUGUGUACGCGAGUGAUUAAGGCUUACUCAAUUCCAUAUCUUAUCCGCUGUUACUAUACCUUUUGUUUUCGCUUCUCCAAUACUCUUUACUCUUUGCUGCUUUUUUUUUUAUUAUUAUUACUAUAAAGAUUGCUAAUGCCAUAAUUUACACAAAUAAUGCAGAUUGGUGAUCAUAGGGUGGAUACUUGUAACAGUCACUUUUAUUUUAAGUGGCAUAUUUCUAGUACUUCAUAAUGUAGCAGCCGAUACUUGUGUUGCAAUGGAUGAAUGGGUUCAGAACCCAGUGGCUCAUACAGCUUUCGAUGAUAUCCUCCCCUGUGUAGACAAUUCAACAGCUCAAGAAACACUCAACAAAACCAAAGAGACAACCUUCCAAUUGGUCGGAAUCGUUAACCAGUUUAUAAACAAUGUGGCCAACCUCAACAAUGUUCCACCAAAUGCAGGCCCUAUUUACUACAAUCAGUCUGGUCCUUGGGUGCCUGUCCUGUGUAAUCGAUUUCAUCCCAACAACACCCACAGGAACUGUGCUCAUGGUGAAGUGGAAUUUACCAAUUCAACAGAAGAAUGGAGGAAGUAUGUGUGCCAGGUUUCAGCAACUAAUAUAUGCAUCACAGUGGGGCGUCUAACCCCAGUUUACUAUGAUCAAUUGAUAUCGACUGUAAAUGUGAGCUAUGCAUUGUAUCAUUAUGGACCCUUCCUGGUUGAGUUAGAAGAAUGCAGUUUUGUUAGACAAACACUGAAAGAAAUCAGUAAAAAUGAUUGUCCAGGGCUUACACACCAUAGCAGAAGGAUUGUUGUGUGGUUGGCUAUGGCUUCUGCUGCACUCAUGAUUUCUUCCACCUUCUGGGUUCACCAUUCAGCACAGAAGCGAAAACAAAGUUAUAAUGGACAAUAUGCAUCUACAAUCUCCGAGUCUGCUCAAGAUCCUCCAGUAGGAGUCAGGAACAUGGAGUGAGUUUUGAAGGUCAUGUAUAGAUAUAAAUUCUGUGUGAGUAUUAUAUAAAUUUAGUAUUCUUAUAAUAGACUAUGUUACUAGUUGGAGAAGAUAGAUCUAAAAGGAGCUGCAACUGUUAUCAUAGGUUGACAACAGAAUCAGCUGGUUGGUCCACAGCAUUUUUUAUUUACAUAUUUAAUUAAUAUAAUGAUUGAACCAUACCAUAAAAAUUA